AUGGCAACUUUAAAGGACUUUAAAAAUAAGUUAUUAAUCUAUUAUAAAACAGCACUAGAUAAAUGUUAUGACGUUGACGAUCCACGAACAUGGAAAUCGGUUUGCUUAAAAUGCAACCAAGCUCGCGACCUGACAAGGCCGAUAAAGUGUUGUUUUUAGAUUUAGUUUUCAGAAGUACCUUUUCACAUUGGUAUCUAUGGGGCCUAUUCAGGGUUUUGCUGAAGGUUUAGGGUUGUGAGGGUUUCAAACGUCUUCUGACUCAGUCAGCUUCCAAAAAUGGAAGUGGUUCUGCGGGUCGCAAUGUGAAAAGUUGCAUCUGAUCGUUCGUUAGUAAUUGAUUCUUUCUAUGUACGUAUAUAGUGUAUUUGUAUAACAUUUAGGGAUCGCAGUAAUUGGCGCAAGCUGUUGCGAUUGCCCUGCCAUUUUUUUUGUGUUAACGUUGUUUAAAUCUGGCAAAGUUAAUAAAUUAAAUUAAAUUAAAUUAUUUUUAAUAUCAGGUCCUACCGGCGUUAUUUUUAACAUCAGGUCCUACCGGCGUUGUUUUCUGAGCUACAUGGCCUUCUUCGUGGUACGAUUUAUAUUUUCCUAUUGUUUGAAGGCAUGACGCGGAACGUCAUGCUUCUGUGAGCAUCAGUAUAGAAUAUAGAAGGAAGUGAUUAUGAUAGAAUAAUCCUUCAAGUUCUCGACAACUACAACCUGCACUUGACUGUGCUGCAGAAUACUUUUUUUUAGUCAUUACUUCGAAGUCUAUUGCUAUCUAUUGGAGAAAUGUCGACUUCCAGCCCAAGUGCAGAUGGUCAAUCUGAAGUUGGGCAAGUCUUUGAACAAUUCAAAAGUUAUAUUGAUACACGAUUAAGCAAUCUCGAGAAUUCUUUACAAUCGGCGAACCAUGAUCAACCUGAAACGAACGACAUUCAAGCAUCGACUAGGAAAUUGCAACGAGAGGUAGACGCCUUAAAGUUUAAGUAUAAGGCGAACGCCAAACAGUUUAUCUAUAAUGCUGAAGUCGAAGAUUUGGUUGGUUCCACAGUAGAACAUUAG